AUGAUGUCUAAUUAUGAAAAUCUAAUAAAAAACUUUACUUCUUCAUUUUGGAUUCAACGACAAUGGUUUUUUUCUACUCAAUAUCCUCGUAAAGAAUAUGCAGAAGAUCUUAUGUUCUUUUCAGUAAAACCAUAUAAAAGAACAACAUUUACGUUAGGUGGGUUAAUUGAAGAAAAAUCAAACUUUGAUUCGGUUCAUCAUAUUGUGAUAGACAGUGUAAAUGCAAUAAUGAAUUGUAGAAAUUAUUUUCCAAAUACUACGAAAUUAACUUUCCAAUGUCAUGGGGAUUCAAUUUGCAAUUCGUUGGAUAAUAGUUUACCACGUAUUAUUUUUCCAGAAAAACUUACUGAAAUAGUUGUUCGAUAUGCACCUAUAUCUUUUAUGGAAUUAGUUAAAUUAUUAAGUGUUGCAGUAAAUCUUCAUAGACUAUCACUUGAUCAUCUAUCAAUUGAUGGAAUAAAUCCUGUAGCAAUUCAACAAAAUGUAGUUUUUCAAUCGGUAUCAAAGAAAAAUGUUGUUAAAGAUCUGAUUUUGAUAUAUGGACGUUCAUUGAAAAACGUUGAAUUAUUAUUUGCCUUAUGUCUACGAUUACAACAUUUUGCAGUACAUAAUGAUUUCACUUCUUUUUUAGCACGUCUAAUAAGAUUAAUUUUGUCAAAAACUAAUAACAAUAAUCGUCAUUUAUCUUCUUUGUGUAUUUCGAAGAAGACUGAUAAAACGGAAGAAACUAUGAAAUUGGUGAUUAAAAAUGAUAGAUUACUUGAUGAUUAUAUAGUGGAAUGUGUUGAUAAUAAAAUAUAUGUCUGGUGGUGA